AUGUCAUCUUAUUCUUCAUCGAUUCUUGUAAUCCAAAUUCCAACAGCAACAACGGUUUCUGCCAUGAAGCAGAUGGCGCUUUUCAAACCUCUCAAUCUGAAUUUUCAAAACGGCAGAGGCAUCCAACGGCAGUUGAAUCACCGCGGUCGCUGCCACAGCUCUGUUAAGCCAUUGCGGUUACGGUGCUCAACUCCUUCUAGUGGAGGGGACCGCCUCCAUGAUGAUGCUAUUGUUCUCCAUGUUCGGGGAAUGAUGUGUGAGGGAUGUGCAUCUAGCGUCAAGAAAAUUCUAGAAACUCAAGCACAAGUGUUAUCUGCGACUGUGAAUUUAGCAUCAGAGACAGCACUAGUUUCACCUAUAUUAUCUGAUGAAGAUAAAAUUCCACCAAAUUGGCAAAAGCAAUUAGGAGAAACACUUGCAAACCAUUUAACUACGUGUGGUUUUACUACUACCCUUAAAGGUCAGGAAGAUAGUGACUAA